GCCCGCGGGCCAUGGAGCUGCCCACGGAGCUGCCCACGGAACUGCCCACGACUGCCGGCACCGCCUGGGGCAACGGCAGCGCCUGGCUUCCCCUGCCCGGCCACGGGGCCAACGACACGGGGCCGCAGCGGGCCAAGAACGCCACCUCCAUCCUCAUCGCCAUCGUCAUCACCGCACUCUACUCCGUGGUGUGCGUGGUGGGGCUGCUGGGCAACGUCCUGGUCAUGUACGGCAUCGUCAGGUACACCAAGAUGAAAACAGCCACCAACAUCUACAUCUUCAACCUGGCGCUGGCCGACGCGCUGGCCACCAGCACGCUGCCCUUCCAGAGCGCCAAGUAUCUGAUGGAGACCUGGCCCUUCGGGGAGCUGCUCUGUAAAGUCGUGCUCUCCAUUGACUACUACAACAUGUUCACCAGUAUCUUCACCCUCACCAUGAUGAGUGUGGACCGCUACGUCGCUGUGUGCCACCCGGUCAAGGCCCUGGACUUCCGCACGCCGGCCAAGGCCAAGGUCAUCAAUGUCUGCAUCUGGGUGCUCUCCUCCCUCAUUGGAGUGCCCAUCAUGGCCAUGGCGGUCACCAAGUCAAAAGACGGGAUGGUGCUGUGCACGCUCCAGUUUCCCGAUCCUCCCAUCUACUGGGACACCGUGACCAAGAUCUGCGUCUUCAUCUUCGCCUUCAUGGUCCCCAUCUUGGUCAUCACCAUCUGCUACGGGCUGAUGAUCCUUCGCCUGAAGAGCGUCCGCCUCCUCUCAGGCUCCAAGGAGAAAGACCGCAACCUGCGGCGCAUCACGCGCAUGGUGCUGGUGGUGGUGGCAGCCUUCAUCAUCUGCUGGACGCCCAUCCACAUCUUUGUCAUCGUCUGGACGCUGGUGGACAUAGAUAAGAAGAACCCCUAUGUGGUGGCCAGCCUGCAUUUCUGCAUCGCCCUGGGCUAUACCAACAGCAGCCUCAACCCCGUCCUUUACGCGUUCCUGGAUGAAAAUUUCAAGAGGUGUUUCCGAGAGUUUUGCCUGCCUUUCCGAACCCGCGUGGACCAGAACAGCUUCUCCCGCGCCAGAAACACCACGCGGGAGCGCGUCUCCACCUGCACCCCUUCCGAAGCCCGCAACAAGCCGGCAUGACUAGACGUGGGCAGCCUCCAGCGGGGCUGCCGGGGCCAUGGAGGGGAUGACCCACGCUCAGAAGUGACCCAGGUCACCACCACAGAGCUCUAGCAGAGCGGUGGCCCGGGUGCUGCUCGACAACGCCGCUGGGUUUUUGUUCAGACUGACAGCAAGUGAUUGCAAAGACUUUUUUCAUCCUGGAGAACCAGGGAUGGGGGAACCAGGACUCACCAGGCAGUGUAGGGAGAGGACCAAAACAAGAGGCAACCUGGGCAAAGCAGCUCUGCUGCUGCUCCCACCAUGGCUGGGAAGAGCUGGCAGUCCCUUUCUCCCAGCCAGGGCUGUCACCCUCCAACACACGGCAAUCGGCAAAGCCCAACCAUCCUGGGACACCAGAACUGCAGUGACCACGGGCUUCUCCUCCUGCACGGGCCAAGGUGGGACCACAGCCCACGGCGAGAGGGGAAACCCUCCCAUGUCAGGUGGCAGAAGGGGACUGUGCUGGAUGGUAAUGCCAUGUCAUGGGGCCUCACUCCAUCCCCCCUCUGAGCUGUGUCCAAAAAACCAGCCAGAGAUGGGAAGAGAAAACAACACUGCUUCAGAGACAUUGUUAUCAAAGAGCUCCAGAUCCAUAGUAAAAAUUUUACUGAAGUCCUUCAAGCCAAGGCUGCCCCUGGAGAACAACUUCUUACUGUUAAUGUCAUUACUGUUAUUUAGAGACCUCUGACUUCAGCCAAAGCAGCCCUAGACAUGGAUGUGAUGCUGGGAGUACAGAUAAGGCCAGGGGAUGGGUUGGGGACAGAGGAGGGAAUGUCCCAAGUCACCCUGCAUCCACGUGCCGACGCCCGAUUCUCCUGGCCCAGCACCCAUCAGGGUGAUGGGGAACCGCUCCUCACCCAUCUGCCUCCAAAGACACUAAGCCCAAGAAAGAGCUCAUUAAGCGAGCAAUUUACGGGGACUUGAGGAGUUUCUCACAGUGCUAAAGCCAUUAGGAUGGACUAACGGGCGGCGCUGCAAGGGCUCUCCCUGCCCUGCCCGUUGGGUGAAGGGUGAGCAACAGCACUGCCCAGAUUUCCUUUAGCAAAGCCAAAAAGAGCAGGAUUUUACUUCUUUUUUUUUUUUUUU